GAUGGCGACGACGACGACAAGCGAGUGACGAGGCACCCUCAUCAAAGCAACCGGGCGAUGACAACACCGCUGUUGCUCUCACAGAUGCCGACGAGGAGAUGAUGAUGAUGAAGGAGGAGGCAGUGGAGAACGAGUAGAAGACGAGCAAGUAGUCGACGAAGAAGAAGAAGAAGAAGAAGAAGUAGAAGCCUCCACUACUACUGCUGUUGCUGCUUGCUGCCAGGGUCGGUUUCUAACCCAAAUCCGUCCCUCGUUGUUGUUCUUCUUCUUACCCACCUCGAGAAAGAGUGUUGGUGGUGGUGGUGGUGGUGGUGGUGCUCUCUUGUCUAUUGACAGAAUUGUGUCUCUCUGCGUGUCACUGGCCAUCAUGCCUCCCGCUCUCACCCUCUCCCCUAAUUGCUCUCCUUCUCUCCACCAUUCGCACCUCUCCUCGCUCUCUCUCUCCUCGCACUCAUCCCUCUGGAGCCAUGUCGCCUUCUCUCGCUCCUCCUCCUCAAUAUCUCCUUCCGGCGUCCACGUGCGCGCUGCGGACUCCAGUCGCCCCCGCCGCUCCGUCGGGCAAUCCAAUGCGAAGACUGAGAAGUAUUACUUCACCACGGAAUCCGACGAGCCUGCUUCCUCCUCCCCUUUUAAUGCCGAGUCCAUGCCGUUGCUGGCAGGCGCUGCAGCUGCGGUGGGAUUAGGUUUCGUGGUUUACAAGUACUUGAGCAAGAACGGCAUUUCGCUCAGUAUGCCUAAAAUGAAUACGGGAAUAGAAGUAGGAGGAGCAGGAGCUGGUGCUGAUAGGAAGUUUCGACGCGAAUCAAUGGCGAAACUGAAUGAAUUCUCUCGGGAGCUUCGCACUUUUCGUGAAGUAGAUUUGGCAGGUAAAGGUUUUGGGGACGAAGGUUUUGUGUAUCUAGCCGAAGGUUUGGCAUUCAACCAGAGUGCUGAAAGUGUCGAUUUCUCGGCCAACGGCAUCACGGCCACUGGGAUCAAGGCUUUGUCUCAAGUGCUGCCUGCAAACACGUUUUUGAAAACCCUAAACUUGUCCGGCAACAGUAUCGGCGACGAGGGAGCUGCGGAGCUAGCAGGUUUACUGGAGAAGAAUCAAGGAAUCACAAAGCUUCAGCUCAACAGCAUUAACCUUGGUGACGAGGGAGCUAAAGCCAUUGCUGAAAUGUUGAAGAAGAACGAGCACAUAACAACCUUGGAGCUUAACAAUAACGUUGUUGACUUUGCGGGAUUUGCUGCCAUUGCAGAUGCUUUAACUACGAACAAAACCCUUCGCAGUAUUCAAAUCAACAACAAUUACGGUGGAGCUCUUGGAGGCUCUGCAUUCGCGAAAGGAUUGCAAGAGAACAAGUCUUUGCGGGAAUUGCAUCUCCAUGGGAAUGACAUGGGUAAUGAGGGCAUUCGAGAAUUGAUGGUGGGUUUGAUGGCCCACAAAGGAAAGAUCUCAAACUUAGACAUUGGAAAUAACAAAAUAGGGCCAAAGGGUGCGUUUCAUGUCGCUGAGUACAUCAAGAAAGCUAAAUCUCUUCAAUGGUUGAAUUUGUACAUGAAUGACUUUGGUGAUCAGGGAGCUGAAAGAAUAGCUGAAGCCUUGAAGCGGAACAGAUCUAUUGUCACCAUAGACUUGGGUGGAAACAAUAUUUCAGCUGAAGGAACCGCUCAUUUAGCUGCUGCCUUGAAAGACAAUUCAACUAUCACUACUUUUGAAUUUAGCUACAACCCAAUUGGAAUGAACGGUGCCAAGGUUUUAGCUGAUACCCUGAAGUUUCAUGGUAAAAUUGAAACGCUUAGGUUGGGUUGGUGCCAGAUAGGGGUGAAGGGGGCAGAAGCCAUCGCCGAUUGCUUGCUUUACAAUGCUACUAUCUCAACAUUAGACCUGCGGGCCAACUCUCUUGGUGAUGAUGGUGCGGCUUUACUAGCCAAGAGCUUGAAAGUAGUCAAUGAACAUUUAACGUCCCUUGACCUUGGUUUCAACGAAAUUAGGGAUGCCGGAGCUUUUGCACUCGCACAGGCAUUGAAAGCGAAUGGUGAUGCUGCUGUUUCAACUUUGAAUCUUACAAGCAACUUCCUUACUAAAUACGGCCAGGUCGCUCUCACAGAAGCUAAGGACCACGUGAGUGAGAUGAACGAUGGAAAGGAAGUUAAUAUUUAUUUUUAGACAACUUGUAACUGGUCAUCGUUUAGUGGUUGAUUCAAACAUCCACAAAGAGUUUGUAGCUAACAGAUGGGGUUUCCAGUUUGAAGAUUAUCGUGUUGGAGAUCGGAGAUACGACCUAGUGAAAUUACCGUUGUAUUUUAAACCCUUUACAAAAUCAAUUUUGAGCUUAGCAAUUCAUCUUGUAACAUGAGUCUUUUGGUACCUCGGGCGCUCUGCCCCUUUCUGAGGUUCUACUACUAGCUUGGAGCUUACUAGCUUCUGUUAGAGGCAAUGUCAGACAAGAGGUGGUCAGGCUGCCAAUGCUUUUUGUUAAUGUCAUUCCUAAUUGUCGUGUUCAUAUCGUCGA